AUGGCGGCGCCCUCUGCUGCCACUGGGGGGCCUGCUGGAUCUCGACUAAUCGCCCACUCCCUCGCUUUAUCCGUGCACGAAUUGUUAGUGGAAUGGCUGAAAGAUCCAUCUCAGGAGCUUGAGUUUACUGCUGAUAUUCUUAAUCAGGAUGCAAAAAAUUAUCAUGCCUGGCAACAUGGACAGUGGGUUAUUCAAGAAUUUAAACUUUGGGAUAAUGAGCUGCAGUAUGUAGACCAACUUCUUAAAGAGGAUGUGAGAAAUAAUUCUGUCUGGAACCAAAGAUACUUUGUAAUUUCUAACACCACUGGCUACAAUGAUCAUGCUGUAUUGGAAAGAGAAGUCCAGUACACUUUGGAAAUGAUCAGACUAGUAGCAUAUAAUGAAAGUGCAUGGAACUAUUUGAAAGAGAUUUUGCAAGAUCAUGGUCUUUCCAAAUAUCCCAAUCUAUUAAAUCAAUUACUUGAUUUGCAACCAAGUCACAGUUCCCCCUACCUAAUUGCCCUUCUUGUGGAUAUCUGUGAAGAUAUGCUAGAAAACCAAUGUGACAACAAGGAGGACAUUCUUAGUAAAGCAUUGGAGUUAUGUGAGGUCCUAGCUAAAGAAAAGGACACUAUAAGAAAGGAAUAUUGGAGAUAUAUCAGAAGAUCUCUUCAAAGCAAACACCGCACAGAAAGUGACCCACCAACAAAUGUACAGCAAUGACACCAUCUAGAAGAACUUCAUAGAAUGCUUUUAUUUUUUUUAAGAGACUCUAAUGCAGGAGUUUAA